AUGGUCUGUGGAAGGCUUUCUGACGCGAAUCUCUGCGUGUCGGAGGCCAUGAAAAGCAAUCUUCGUCGUCUUUUUCAAAUCGAUGCCAACGUCUUCUACGACCGACCGCCAGCUUGGAAGUUCUGGUUCGUUUUUGGAUUGAUCUUUUUUAAUCGGCGGGAUCUUUGAAUGUGAUCAAAUCAGUCGAAAAAAAAACUGUUUUCAGUGAAAAAACCCUCGAGGAGAUUCACAAUGUCUAUUCCGCUUUGGCCACUGAGGAGAAGUACAAAGUAUUGUCUCCGAAUGGGAACCCAGAUGGUUAGAAAAGUUGAAAAGCAAGGCUAAGAAUUAUUUUGUUCCAGAGACUUUGAUCACGGAGAGAGUGAACGGAGUUGUCAAAUAUCGGGCUGACCGGCCUUUAUUGCUCUUUUCUUCGACUUCUUGGACGCCGGACGAGAAUUUCGGAAUACUUUUCGACGCUCUAGUCGAGUACAACGCUCUGGUCGAACUUAGCGAUGACAGGUUUUUGUUCGAAAAAUAGGGGAAACGACUGGAGGCUCGACUGUAACAAUGAGAAAUGAUUGAAAUAGCGUUUAGGACUAUAGAAAAAUGAGCUUAUUUAUUUUUUACUUGUUUUUUUUUUCUGUGCCAAAAAGCUCCGAAGUGUAUUUUUUCCUGAAACUUUUCUUUGACCUUUAGGCGAAGUUUUUUGUAAAAGGUGUGAAAAAUUGGGAUUGAUCAAGAACUUCAGCGAACUCUGAGAGGAAAUAUAAAAUUUAUAACAGCAAAAAGAGGUGAGAAAAUUUUAAGUUUCAAAAACAAAAAUUUAUUAAGUUCGCUCUUAGCUUUUCAGAAAAAAAACAUUCACUCUUUCUUACUGUUCAGAAAAGAAAUUUUGAACUUCAAGUCUGAAACUCUUUCUUUCACGAAAGAAAUAGAAGAAUCCCCGUUUUCAGAUUGCCGCGUUUGCUCGUGCUUAUCACGGGAAAAGGUCCCCUGAAAGAACAUUACUUGAGCCAAAUUUCCGAGAAGCAAAUGCGUUUCGUUGAUGUGAGUUUUGGCGUUUUAAACAGGCGUUCCAAUGAUGUUUAGGUGGUUUCUCCGUGGCUGGCCGCCGAAGAUUAUCCCACGAUUGUCGCUUCUGCUGAUUUGGGAGUUUCGCUGCACACCAGCACUUCUGGUUCAUCUCAAUCGGGAUUUGUUUCGUCUAAGUACGAUUUUUGAGGUCUGGACUUGCCCAUGAAGGUGGUGGAUAUGUUCGGCGCUCGACGGCCUGUCCUUGCCAAAAACUUCCGCUGCAUUUCCGAACUCGUUAAGGUUUCAACUUUUUAUACCUCUUCACGAAAAAAUUAUUUCUUUUUGUUUCUUUUUGCUCAAAUUAUUUCGAUUCUCAUGCAAAAAAGUGUUUUGCCAUUUCUGAUUCUGAGCUUUUCAACAAAGUUUAUCUUUUUAUUUCCCAUAGACAUGACAAACCUUCUCAACCUCGAAAAAACUCGAGCUAGCGACCGCGUGGGUCUUGAGAAUCUGCUAACUAACUGAGCUUUACUCUCACUCUCCGAAAGUAAUAUUUAAAAAACGAGUGAUUUAUAGGAGAGCGAAAACGGGAAUCUCUUUGAUUCGUCAGACCAAUUAACUCAGCUUUUGGUUGAUUUGGCUGAGGGCUUCCCCGAGGAGUCACGACUCAACAAACUCAAGAAGAACGUUUUGGAAGUAAGUCUCCUUAUUCGAAAUUCAAGCUUUCUUAUAUAAUUUUCGACUUGUUGUUAAUUUUUUGUCACUUCAUUUCUAAGUCGGAUACGAGCUAAGAAAAGACGCGACAUUAAUUUUGCACGUUCUGAUCUUUCAAUAUUUUUUAGACUUUCCCAGCCAAAUUAAAGCGUUUUCAUAAUCAUUUACCUGAAACGUUUAAUAAAAAAAUGUUCUAAAAUCGAUUCAAACCCUCCUUCUAGAAAGUUUAUAUCGCUUACUUUGUUCCGUCUAAAGUAUAAGUUUUUAGAUGAAGUUCGAAACGUGGGAAGAGAUGUGGGAAAAGACAGCGGCGCCGACUUUACUAUUGGACCAAAACCAGAAGGAGACGAAAAAGAACAAUUAG